AUGAGACUCUCCCAAUACCUUUUGAUAUUGAGUCUUGCAGUAUCACCAACCAUUGCUUCAGGGUGGUCUUGGUCGUCCUCAUCUACGGAAACCGAGACUGAACAAAGCGACUUUGUGUCUCCAAUCAUCAAUCGAGAAAUUCAAGUUUCCGUUCAAGCACCUUGGGCAAGCUCUCCUUCAAACGUCUACUGCGAAGCUUGGUCAUUCUUGCAUGAGUGGGAAUUUCUAAAUGCGCUGGCUGUAUCACCUCCAGCUGAUAACUUUGAUGACUUUGAAUCUGCCACAAAGCGUGCUGUUGAUAUCGCUUCCAAUGCAUUGCCUGAUUCCAACCACAAGUUGUUGCAUUAUUCGUUGACCAUGAGAGCAAAAAGCCCAGCUUGUGAGAUGCAACGCAGUUUGGCAACCCAAUACAAUUUGAACGGAGACUUUUGCGUUAUCAACGGAGAGGCCGUGGUCCAAGAUGUUGCUGAUUUGCCGGCAGCAAUACCCCGUUUGCCAGAUGUCGAGCUUGCGUCGCUCAAACUUCCAGGGGAAGAUCCUCAUCCAACUUCAAAGCCUAGCUCUGGAUUGGUUGUCCUAUAUACCAAUUUUGGAAGCCCAAAUUUCGGAAGUUGGUACGAGCAGCUUGUUGCCAAGGAUUUGCCAUUUGUUGUCCGCUACUCGGGUCACGGCAUUCUUGAAUCGCCCUCUACGACAUUGCAGGGCUAUGGUGUGCGUCUUGACAUUCGCAAUGUCGAAUACAAAGUUUUUGAUGAUCGUCAAGAUCAGGCUGAAGAGGAGGCUUUGGUGAAUGCGACUGAAGUCUCUAGUGAUGUUCCUGAUUUCCUUGGCGGGGUCAAUAUUUCGGCCUUAGCCAGUGAAGUCAGUUCAGACUUGCAGGCCGAACUCUGGAAGAUUCACGAAGCACAAACGCAACACUCGCAACUUAUCCCUCCGACAUGGCAGAGACGAAAAUUGUCACUUCAGGCAGCUUCCGUCAUUGCAGGGGCUGCUGGCGAUAAUGCAUUGGUGACUUUGGAACAAGUCUCACAAAACCUUCCUUCGUUGGCAUCAACACUGGUUCACGUCGAGGUACCGGAAAAGAUUAGUGAUGCUGCUGAGAAGAUAGGGGAAGAAUUGAGGGAAUUGAUUAGAGAAAGUGGAGGUGGCUUUUGGAUUAAUGGAAAGCCUUUGAAUGUAGUUCGGUCGAGUUUCAACAUUUUUGAAAUGAUCCAACUGCUGCAGGACGAAGCUAAACAAUUGCAAAGAUUCGAAGGCAAGUUUUCGCAACAUUUUGAGAAGCAGGAAGCCUUGGAACAAGUCCAAAUUGCUUGGUCAAAGGGCGAACAAUUCUUUCAAGGACAACAAGUAGGAGGUGUUGAGAGUGUUAGCGACCAUCGGCGUAUCGAUGUCGCAUCUGGAGAGAAAGAUGCUGUCAUUUACCUGAACAAUGUGGAACGUGAUCCACAAUAUGCAGACUGGCCGACAAGUAUGCAGCAAAUGAUGAUGAUGAUGCAAUACGGAAUGUCACCAUCCGUUCGAAGGAAUUUGAUUACUAUCCUUGCGGUUGACGACCCAAUGGAAAAGCAGGAAGAAACAGCGUGGGGAAAGGCCCUCUUUUAUCAAUUAGCCCAGUCCAAUUUUCCAGCCAGAAUGGGAAAAUUGAUUGUUGAUGCACAUGAUGUCAAGGUUUGUGAGUAUUGGGUGAAAACGAAUAAACCAGGUCCGGAUGAGCCAUGCCCCACCAUCAAGUCUUGGCUAGAUACCGGUGAUAUUCCAGAUACACUAUCGAAAAUGGAGCACGCAAAAGCGGAAGCAAGAGAUGUGUACAGAUGCUACCUGUACAUGGCCAAAAAGUACAAAGGCAGAAGUGACAUUUUCAUCAAAUACGAUCAAAUGUUUGGACCCACGCUUCGAGGAAACGUGAGCAGAGGAUACACCUCAUUAUAUAUUCUCUUGAAUGUCCACGCUGGAAUUCUACAAGAUCUGGGCCUUGUUGGUGAGAAAGACCCCAUCAUGAAGGUUGCUAAGGAAGUUCUAGAAGUUACCAAGGAUGACGGGUACGGUAAGGUGGUCCGAUUCGCAGUUGAAAAGGGUCUCAGGCCCGGUAUGUCCUUCUUGAAUGGCCGCCCAAUGCCUGAUGUUGGAGAGAAAGAUGCUAGAGAAAAUGUCAGCAAACUGGUCAUGGAAGAGCAAGAGGAAAUCUUUGGAAUGAUCUACAAUGGAGAAAUCACGGACACCCAACCAAGAAACUUUUACCGAUCAAUGCUGGUCGGGAAAAACAAGAAGAACGUUUUCCCCAGAGUUCACCCGCUCUUGACAGGAAGUGCUGAUAACCUUAUUGACCUGGAUAUUGACAACGCAUCAUCAAGUUUCUACUUGAAACCAGAAAGUGACUUGGCGGGUUCUAAAGCUGAUGCUGUUUUCUCAGUGGAUGCAUUUUUUGAUUUGCGGAAGUCGGUCGGAUUAUCUCUUGCUCAUCAGUUCUUGACAAUGAUGAAAGAUUUUCAGAGUAGCAUUGAUGAGACUUCCGUUUCCGUUGCAUAUCGAAUCAUUCCUAGCAAGUCCACAUUCACGGAUGCGAGCCUUUGCAAGCUUGUUGCUUCUGCCAAAAGUCUUGGCUCUGAUAAAAUGAUGGAUGCAUUCAACUCGCUCGUGCAAGGCAAGAGUGCCUCCGACGUCGUUGCUUCGCUCGAUGUCGAUGAGAGUGCAGGAUGCCUUGAGCUCCUUCCAGAGGACUUGCCUGCUGAUAACUUUUUGGUUGCGAAUGGGCGCUACUUCGAGAUUGACGGGGAUUCUGUAGCCCAAAUUGAUGUGGAACUCCUCAUGAGGACAAGCAUGGCCGAAACCAAGGCUGUGUCGUCAAUGCUUCGCCCAUACGUCAGUAGCGAUUAUCCUCACAGCGCAGUUGCGUCUACCACUGCUUUCCUGAUGGCCUCGAAAUCGCAAGAUAGAUCCAAUCCUUCUGAUGCAAUUGAUGAUUUGGAGCAACGAUCUGAUUUGACCAAGAAUCCUCUACGAUUCACAUGGGAUGGUGAUAGUGGAAGUGCUGCACUAAAGACUCGUGUUUUGGCAAUAGUGGACCCUGUGACCGAAACCGCGCAACGUGUGUCAUCAUUGUUGAAAACUGUCCGGGAUGAUCUUGGGCUCUCCACUACACUUGUUCUAGCACCUCAAAUGCUGUUGGAAAGUGGAUCCAAGGUCCCAAUCUCAAGCUACUAUCGUUUUGUCACUGACUCUUCUGCCUACCAAGGCGGCGAGAAUUCUCCCUUGGCCCACUUCUCGAAUCUUCCUACUAAUCAUAUUUUGACUGUUCGAAUGGAUGUUGCCGAGCCUUGGGAUAUUCAACAACGCAAGGCGAUUCAAGACACUGACAAUCUUCGUUGUGACUUGAAGUCUGGAUGUAGCGACCACGCAGCUUUGGGCACAACACCAGAUGGCGUUCCAAUGUAUGAGCAGAGACACCUUACAGAGGUUGAAUUCAAUCUGAACCAUUUGCUAUUUUUCGGACAGUGCUACCAAGUAAACAACGGAGUCCAACCACCCAAUGGUUUGCAGUUGACACUAUCACGGCAGUACGAGGAGCAAAACGAACAAUUACAAGAGGUCCAGUUGGAAGCAGAUGGUUCAAUCAGCGCGCAAGGAGUAGAUGUAGGCACAAGAGAAGUUGGGAUCUACUCUGACACUCUCGUGAUGAAGAACGUUGGGUAUUGGCAACUACCCGCAAACCCAGGGGUGUGGGAUAUGAAGAUCGAUGAGAAUUCUCGCGGGUCCGAAAUUUUUGACAUCGUGGCUGGAACAAUCUCUCCGCAUGGAGCAGUCAAACUAACUGACAGUAGGUUGAACAACCACACAGAACGACUUGUGAUGGGUGAUUUCGUAACUAGCAGUGAAACUCUACUUGUCAAACGAAGAAAGGGAUAUGAAAGUACCACCCUUUUCCAUGACAAGACUGACGAGGACAGCGAGGAUGUCAUCAAUGUAUUCUCCCUAGCAACAGGUCAUCUUUACGAGAGAUUAUUGAAGAUCAUGAUGCUCUCUGUAACCAAACGGACAUCGUCGAAGGUGAAGUUCUGGUUGUUUGAGAACUUUUUGUCGCCUACUUUCAAAGCUUCUGCGAUCUCAAUGGCAGAGAAAAUUGGGUGUGAAGUCGAAUUUGUGACUUACAAGUGGCCGCAAUGGUUGCGCGGUCAGAGUGAGAAACAGAGAAUCAUUUGGGGUUACAAAAUUUUGUUCCUUGAUGUCCUCUUCCCGUUGGGUGUGAAAAAAAUUAUCUACGUCGAUGCUGAUCAAGUUGUCCGCGGUGAUUUGAAGGAGCUUUGGGACAUGGAUUUGGAGGGAGCACCCUAUGGUUACACACCUAUGUGUUCUUCAAGAGAGAGCACACUUGGAUUCCAGUUUUGGAGAUCGGGAUUCUGGGAGCAGCAUUUGCGAGGAAAGCCUUACCAUAUUUCAGCGCUGUAUGUCGUUGAUUUGGAACGAUUCCGAAGGGAUCUUGUUGGAGACCAGCUACGCUCGGUAUACCAGCAACUUUCUGCCGACCCCAACAGUUUAGCAAACCUUGAUCAAGACUUGCCAAACUACGCACAACAUUCGGUUCCAAUCUUCUCGCUACCACAAGAGUGGCUUUGGUGCGAAUCCUGGUGUUCUGAUGAAACAAAACCAGACGCCAAAACCAUUGAUCUGUGCAACAAUCCGUUGCAUAAGGAACCCAAGCUGUCAAUGGCAAAGAGAGUUAUUAGUGGAGAGUUAUUCGAGGAGAGUUGGGAAGAAUUGGACGCCGAAGUCGGGAAGUAUGAUAAGGAAUUCUUCGAGACAAACUAA